AUGAAGCAAGGCGUUUUUCCAGAACAGUUGAAGGCAUCGAUCGCUAUCCCAUUACCUAAGUGUCAUCCCCCUAAAGAAAUAAAUUCAGACCUACGUCCAAUAUCGUUGACUAACCAAGUUGCUAAGAUUAUGGAGGGUUUCACACUUAAAAGGUUAUCUGUCGAUUUACUUCCUAUGCUGGACCAAUUUCAGUUCGCUGUUAAGGGAAAAUCUACGACUCAGGCCCUGGUCUAUUUAAUGCAUACAAUUCUGGGCCAUUUGGAAACUGGCGGUUGCUCUAUCCGGCUUUUUUUUGCCGAUUUUGCAAAGGGCUUUGAUCUAGUCGACCAUAGCGUUCUCCUAUCAGAACUGAAUUGCUUUGGGGUGAACCCAGUUCUCCAAAACUGGGUUUCGGCCUUUUUGUAUAAAAGAUCUCAGUGUGUUAGAAUUGGGAGUUCCAAUUCCGAAUACAGAUAUCUUAAUGGUGGAAUUCCUCAGGGGACGAAGCUUGGCCCAUUGUUAUUUGCCGUGCUCGUCAACUCGUUAAUAAAUUCAUGGCACUAUCGAGUUAAAUUUGUUGACGACCUGACCUCACUGGAAAUAAUUCCUCGUAACUCUCCGAGCCUUACGCCUUUUUUAGUUAAUGAGGUUAAUCAGUAUGCUAGUACUAGGCAUAUGAGAUUGAAUCCGAAGAAGUGCAAAGAAAUGCGUAUCUGUUUUCUUAAGUAUAGAUCACCAAUUGGUGGUCAGCUGUUAAUUGGUGGUCAUCAAGUGGAUUUGGUUAAGCAUUUCAAAUUGUUGGGAGUUUAUAUGUCAGACGAUCUAUCUUGGAACAAACAUGUUGGUUAUAUUACUAAGAAAGGUUUCAAACGGUUAUAUAUAUUGAGACAAUUGAAAAUUGCUGGCAUAUCAGAUAAAGACCUGGUACUCAUUUACAUUUCUCUUAUUCGAUCAGUGCUUGAGUAUGCUGCCCCCGUUUGGGCCAACUUACCGCAGUACCUAUCCGAUGAUAUCGAAUCCGUUCAACGAAGGGCACUAAAAAUAAUAUUCCCAGACUUCGACUAUUUUCAAGCCUUAGAGUCCUCUAAACUGCCCCAGUUAUCUAAUCAUAGAGAUCGUAUUUGUGAAUCCUUCAUGGCUCAACAACGAAAGUCAAGCUCUGUGUUGUCUAAGAUCAUUAACACUAAUUACGAACCUACCAUCACUCAUUCGUAUUCAUUACGAUCGCAGUCAAGGAGAGUAAACAAUGUCCAAACAAUCGUAAGAACUAACCGUUUUAGCCAAUUUGUAACAAAUAAAUUUUGAACAAUUUAUACAGUAUAUAUUUAUAUAUAUAUAUAUAUAGAUCCUUUUAAUAAUGACAUAUUUGUAUAUAAUUUAGGUUUUAUAAUAUAAUCUAUUUUUUAAUCAUGUAAGUAACUCGUAAUUCAGAUGUAAAUGUUCUGCAAAGAGUUAUUAAUAAACCAUUACCAGACAUCGUUGGGAUCCUUGACAUGGACGGAUUUCAAACUGGAAAGAAAUUUUUCUGUAAGGAGUUGGGAGUCAUAAAGGUCGGAGACCCUGAAGCCUCGUCGUUCUUUUUCGAUAUUGGCUUACACUGGAACGAGCUGAACGAGAAAGACAAGAGAACGUGUAACUUCGUCCAGAAGAAUAUACAUAAACUCCCGUUUGGAAUGCCACGGGGCACUAAAGCAUUUCAAAUUUCGGACUUGCAGGCAAUUGUAGAGAAUUUCUACCGUGAAAUACAGAUAGAUUCAAACUCUACAAUUGCCUUCAAAGGCGGACAUUACGAAAGGGACUUGCUGGCGAUCGAGUCUCCGUAUUCCGGCCGUAAAUUUGGAAUGCUUCAAUUGUCCCAAAGCUGAAAAACUAUUUGAUCAAUUGAUCUGGUUAGAAACCUGUGGGAACCACCCGGAAAGCAACGCUUAUCAACACUGCGCAAAAGUGGAAGUAGAGGCUUUUGCGAUGUGGCUGCAACAGUAAAGAUAAACCCAAAACACCGGUUCUUUUAAGAACCACCAAUUUUACAAAAAAGAAUAAAAACGAAACUCGAUUAUUAACAUAUUUACACUGAAUCUCAAAGUUUACUUCUCAAAUAUUCCACAUAUGCCUUAUAAUGAUCUUCUUCAUGACUUCUAAAUUGCUCGCCUGUCGCUUUCACAGUAUACUUAAAACUAGGGGGCAUUGAAAAAAAGACCAUAGCCCCAGGUUCAAGUGGGUCAUCACAACAAUCCUCUUUGCAGUUAGAAAGUUGGUCUAGAAUACUCAGCAUCUCACUGUUCUCCACACUCAUCAUUGAUUUAACAUACAUGUGGUCUCUCCUCAAUUGAUUCCAAUAUUCAAACACGUUUUCAUCCCACUGAAGCUCUAAAACUUUGGUCAUCUCAACAAACUUAUUUCAUACCUCGUCUUUUUUGCUAACUCGCUCUAUGGCUUCCAAAUCAUACAUCUGCGAUCUCUCCUCAUACGAUAACAUAAGACACUCACUCUGACUAAAGCGAUUUAGUUUACAACCACAACACCUCUCUUCGAAAAGCUCAUAAACCUCGCAAGAAACAGUUUGUGCAAAUAUUGUCUCUAACAAAUUGCAUAGCUUCCGAAAUUCCAUAGGCGAAACUUCGUCAACAUUAUUCGACCUUGAAGAACGCAUACUUGGUCAGGACAUGUGCAAUACAAUUACAUAAUGCUUACUAAACUGGACGUACACUAAGUACGAACUCUUGGACGAAAGCUUGGACGUACGCUAAGUACGUACACUAAGUACGAACGCCCGGACGUACACCCCGUGAUAACGUCAUUCGCUUGAAUCACUUCCGGUGCUAUAGGGGGGCUACUGUCAGUUCGUCGAGGGGGGACUGGAUUAAAAACUGUGUUUUUGUCAGUUUGUGGUAAUCUUCAACAUAUAGGACAAAACCUAAGAUUUUUUAAGUUUUUUGCUUCCUUACACGAGCGCUACGAUGCAAAAUGCCGCCAAAAUUAGUCCUACCAAUUUUCGGGUGACGUCCGUGUUGGGGACGAAACGUGACGAAACGGCAAGGGGACGAAACGGCAAGGGGACGAAACGACCAUAAAGCGUCAAUAUUUACCAUGCCUGAUAACAAAAGGAAUGAAUAUAAGUUCUUGAUAUUUAAGAGAAAAAGUAUAAGUAUACAGAAUAAUUAAAUUUGAAAAUAAAUGAAUAGUUUAAAAAUACGACUAAUAAUGUACAUUUUUGAAUAUUUAUUGAAACAAAUACUGUAUACUACAUAAUGACUAACUGAAAUACCAAUUAUUCCUCGGAAUCGGAACUGAGUUCCAAUGCAUCCAGAUCUGGUGUACUUACGACCUAUCGUCAAUAGCUGUUAUCAUAAUUGAAUACGUCUAUGCUACGGACCAGUGGUAUCUGCAUUAUUUUAACAUCGAGACGAGGCUAUAGGGUCAUGUUUUGUGGUUUUUUUACCCUUUAGCCUCGUUUUCGUCCGUACUUCCACUGAGAUACCGCUGGUUCGCCGCAGCGGCGUAUUCAAUUAGGAUAACAGCUAUUUGAAUCGUCGUUAUGUAUGUGUAAGUUGAGCCAGCGGUAUAUGUAAUUUUAUACCAAGCGGCAGUUUAAAUGCACGAAUAAAAAACAAGAAAAAACAACAUGAACAGGGAAAACGUGAAUGUUUUUGGUGCAAAAAGCAGACCUUUUUGAUAUUUUUAUCAGAUUUUUAGUAUAGGUAAGUGAGAUUUCUAAUAUUUUUAUGUUGUUAUUGUGAUGUUUUAAAUCGUUUUCACUAAAAACUUAUACAAAUAGUUAUACAAAGAGUUAUAUACUCGGUAAGGUUCAUCAAUCUCGCCUUCGGCUCGACUGAUAACACUUAUCUCAACCUUGAUAAUUCUGGAUAUCACAAAAACCUCAUCCAAUAACUGUUUAAUACAUCGAAAUAAAACCGAAAUAUUUAACAAUUAUACCAUGAGCUCGAGUCGUAUACUGAGCUGAUAGCCGACGAGGUGCGUAGCAUGCACCGAGAGCGAAUGGUAUAACUGUUUUAUAAUAUAGUCUAAUAGCCAUUAACUGAAGCAAUAAUUAAUUAUCCUUUGUUACAAUAGCCCUAUUCACAUUAGAGACGGACAAGUUGUCUAGACGAACAAAUCGUCUCUCAAAAAUCGUCUUCACAGACGGACAAGCAGUCGAACAAAUUCAGACGACUUGUUUGUCUAAAAUUUUGUCCGACACGUUUUCACAUCUGAUGAUUUGUCCGACUAAAAGACGAUUUUGAGACGAUUUGUUCGUCUAGACAACUUGUCCGUCUUCUAAUGUAAAAACGGCUACUAACUACUUUUGUUUUACAACUCGAAGACGACUAGUGAAAGAAAUGCUUUAGAACCGGUAUAUCUCACAGAAAAGCUCAGAUAUAUUAUACAGAUGUUUGGUAGUAUAUAGUAUAUAAGUGUUUGUUGACUGCAAAUUCAUUUGUCUUUCGUUGCAAACUCUUCUGAACAAUUUAUAAUUAUUCUCAAUGAACAUGUUUUUUUCGCUGUUGUUUCGGUAUUAAUUCUUUAAAAACUUGCAUUUAAACUAAUUUCUAUGUAAUAAAUGUAUUUUGCUAACCUGUCAAAUCUUUUUGAGAGUUUUUCCUUGUAUACUAUUAUCUUUCUCAAAGCGAAUAUUUUCCUUUUUCCUGCUUCGCAAAACUCAUGUAGUUUUUCGAUCGCCAUCUUGUUUUUCGCUACUCGCCGUAUAUGAGCUGAUAUACGGCGAGUAAUUCAACCAAUCAGAUUGCAGAACAGCUCAUAUACGGUGAAUGACUAUAUAUUAUAACACAAUAUAUUGUAUCGCGUGUUUGAAAUGAGUUUACGAAUUAACUGAUUCUUCUAAAUACCGUAAACCUCCGAAUAUAAGCCCUGGGCUUAAUAUUUGUUCGUAAGCAUUUUCUGAUGAGCUUAUACGUGGCUGUGGGAGGGCUUAUAUAUACGGACGACUUUUGAUGUUAGUAAUAAUAUGUAAUGCACCUGUAAACUAUAUAUACCGUGAACGAAAAGAAACACAAACAUGCAUAUACAAUAUAUAAACUCUACAUAAAACAAGUUGGUUAACAUAUAAUACUGUAAUGUAAUUAUUAUCACUCGCCUGAGCUGUUGGAAUCCCUGUCCAAUAAUAAGCCCAUGGGCUUAUACACAGAGGGGCUUACAAUAUUAUUCGGAAUAGCCUGAGCGUUAGUGAAUAUGGUGGCUUAUACAUGGAAGGGUUUAUAUUUGGAGGUUUACUGUAUAUUGUUCGAAAUAUAUUGUAUGUUGUUAUUUAUUUAUGUUAAUACAGCUACUGGUGAUGGGGAUAAUAUUUUGCGGUUUUGUCCAUGUUUUCAAGUUGUCCAGCUUAUGAAAAAUGUAAGUCAGUUUUAUGCAGGCUUUUAUUGAAUAAGAUGUAAGUUAUUAUUUUCCAUGCGCUAAGUUAAAAUUUUAAUUUUCUAUAGAAAACACAUAUUGCAUGCAUGAGCACUGCAUUCCAGCACGGAUUUUUCAGGGCUAAGGGGCUGUUCAUAUGAGCCGGGCUGGGCUGGUUUUCAAAUGCCGAGAUCCCGCCUCACAUAUUGUUUGUAUAUAAAUUUAGGAUUGGGUUCAUAUGAGAACAGUGGCGUGCUGGCAGGGGGGGCCGGGGGGCCACGCCCCCCCCCCAGCUGGCAAUUCUUGCAGGGCGCAAAAAUGAAAAGGGGGCGCCGAUCCCGCGCUGAGUUUUGAAAGUGGGUGGGAAAAAAACGCAUUCGAAAGAAUAUAGUUACUUCCGCCGAGAAAAGAUGUGUUUAUAGGCUUAUUAACAGACUAAGCGCAUAGGCGACAAAGUGAUAUAUUAAAUUAUACACACUAUUUUGUCUAACCGUAUUUGCUAAUUUGCUACCUCACGGCUCGCACGAAAUCGUUCAUAUAGAAACAUGAACUGUGAUCACACGCAAUGUCUCAUCACCAGAAUAUUGGUCAGGUUUCGAAGCGAUCACGGGAAUCAUGCCCUUUUUUGCUGGUAUUAUGCCCUUUAUUAUGCUCCACGAAUCACAAGACCGGCGCAAAUUAGAUAGUUUAAGUUAUGAUAAUGUAAAGUUGUGUACGCAAUUUAGUUGUUUGCGCUAGAAACAUCAUGAGUAAUGUGAGUAAUGAAAUAAUGCUGAAACGCGCCCUUUUGGCAGCCAGGCAGGGAAACCUUAAAAUGCAUAUGUGUGGGGUCCGUGUGUUAUUGUAUAAAAGAGCUGUAUGUUGUAAUUGUAUUCAGAUCAGUAGAGAAUAGAAUUGAAAUUAGAUUAAUCGCUGGAAGUUGUUAGCAUUGCAUAAUAUAAGUACUACUACUACUAAAUCCAAACCAAAUUCAAACCAAAUUGCAAAUUUCGACACGUUAUAAUGCCGUUUCCUGACCAUCAGAUUUCUGUCAAAUCUUCCCCCAAAGUCCAGGAAAUGGCAUUUCAGAGACUCUAAAUUCAAAAAUUUUCCUGGGGGGCAUGCCCCCGGACCCCCCUAGACAAACCUCGCACCUGCGGCUCUCGGCUCGUGCCUUCGGCCUUCGUUUAUCAAGCGAAACAUUAUAGGGGCGCAUAUUUGUUGACAGCCCACUGCCCCCCCCAGAAAAAUAGUACCCAGCACGCCACUGUAUGAGAAGCGGGCCGGCCCGGUUUGCCGGGAUCUCGCUUGAGCGAGGCGAGAUCCCGGCUUGCCGGGCUCAUAUGAAUGCACAACCGGGCUAGCCGGGCUGGAAAUUUGCGUGCUUAAUUCCACUGACAAACAGUCUAAAAUGUCCAAAACUAUAGGAAUUUAUCGAAAUUAAACCACCUGAAGCGGUUGCCGUCGACAAAAAUAAAAUUUUGCCAAAUAAACACGAAUUUUAUUUUCCCGCUAAACUAUCGUGGGAAAUCGUUACUAUGAAUAGAUAUGAUUGCCGGGCUAGCCCGCCUCAUGUGAAAGCAAAGCGGGCCAGCUCGGCAAAGCGGGACAGCUCGGUUAACCGGGCUCAUAUGAACAGGCCCUAAGAGAGUGGUCAUUAGAAUUAAUUAAUCUAAUUAAUUAAAAUGUAUUUAAUUAAUAUAGUUAAUUUAAUUAUAAUAUUUAAUAACUUUCAAAUAUAGGACGCAAAAGGUUGACCGUCCCCAAAGCCUUAUCCGAAAAAGAUACAACCCUCUCCUAAGAUAGCCGAUCAUUUCUAAUUUGCACUUUUUGUUAAUUUCAAUAUUGGAAAUCACGAAAAUUCAAGUUGAGAUAUCAAUCAUUCAAUCUGAGCAGUAAAUCAAGGUGCAGUCAUGCAGCACUUGCGUAAACAUGUAGUCAGUAGAGAAUUGAAAUCGUUGGAGUUCUGAAUCUCGGAGUAUGACACGCACAGGGUUCUCCAAUAGCGUUUAAUAUAUUACUAUAUGGGUGUGCAUAGCGAAUAAAUUCUAUUAGAUCUGGGACCGGUUAUGUCGUCAAUCAGUUGACAUUUUUUUGUCAUUACUGUUAGAAUUUUGAUUCCCUGACUUAAGCACAGAAUACUAUACGGAAGUCCAUCUCCAUUGUUUUUUGCGUAAGCGCUAUUCGUCAUGAUUCGUCACUCAGCAAGUACCGUAAACAGAAGCAGUCCCCCCGGGUAAUACUCAAAAUGGCGCUCGUCCAGGGGGGUGGCUGCUUCUGUUUACGGUACUUGCCGAAUGACGAAUCAUGACGAAUAGCGCUUACGCAUAAAACAAUGGAGAUGGACUUCUGUAUAGUUUUCUGUGAUUUAAGUGUCUUGGACCCAUAAACUUACGAUACGAUAAAUUAGUAAAAAUAACUUAGUUGAUGCCUAGUUGGUGUCCUGCAUUUUAACAUGUACAUUAACAUGUACAAAGAAACGCAACAUGUACAAAGAAACGCAACAUGUCACAACUUAACAUGUACAAAAAAACAUUAACAUGUACAAAGAAACGCAACAUGUCACAACUUAACAAUUGAGAGAUGGUAGUUGUUGAUCGGGUCAUGCAUGUACUUGAAAACUAGCCACUCCAGUUGUAUAUUGUGACCGCCAUAAAAAAGGUGGCCAAAAAUCUGUGGCUCUCCCUCUGCGUGGUUCCCCAAAAGUUAGAUCCUCCAAAAAAUGAUUACCCAAACAAUCGUAGCAUUCGCCAAAGUUGAACGCCCCCGCCCUCCGACAAUUGUUUAAUAAUCGCUCGCUAGCAUGACCUAAUUUCAUGGGGUUUUUUUGUUUCGUCUUAACAGAGUGUACAUCCAAAGGAAGCAUGUAAGCGUGUUAUUAUAGAUAUUUGGAGACGUGUCGGAGAACAUGGAAUGUUUGAAAUGGCUCUCAUUGCUAUGAACUCGAAAGUACGUUGAACACUUGAACGAUCAUUGAGCAACUUAUUUAUUAGAAACUUGUGCUGAAUUAUAUAUAGAUCCUACUUUUUGAGCAAGUUACCACGUGGCUUUCCACUUUUAGUUAAUGCAUGCAAAUAGUACCUUUCUCACAUGCACAGGCAAAUUUAAGGCCAGGUAUCUAUACUUGAAGAGAAAAUCGUCAAAGCUGAGCCCUUCGUAUAACGAUUCCUAUUUUCGGCAUAAAUUUAUGAAAUUUUGCAGUUCUCCUGCUCGUCGUUUUUAUACCUGUAUUUUACGCACUAUUUACAGAGAUUGGAAGCCAUAUCGCUGCAAUGAGCAUGAUAGAAUAACAUAACAUUGAAUUGAAGUACGAGUGGGAGGGAGGUUUUCUCUGCGUCACAAGCCAGGAAAACUAACGCUUAAUAGAUUUGGCAAGGCGCUUUGUCAUUAUUUUAUAGUUUAUAUGGUCAAGACCUCUUUCCUUUCCAGGGACUGGUAAUUUCAUCCAUGCAGAGAAAAUUAUUGGAAUUGCUCUGUGAAUCGUCCGGAAUUUUUCGAUUAGAAUCUUCAUUUCCUAUCGCUAAGAACUCUCUGUCAGGUCUCUGUUAGUAGUAAAGUAGUAUAUUACUAUUAUAAUGUACAGUGUUAUAUCGAAUAGAUAAAUGUCAUGUCUAGACAAUUGGGGGGGGGGGGAGGGUGUGCCCAACUUGUCAAUGUAUUACAACUACCAUCUCGUUAUUUAAAUUCUUUAAGACUUUUAUCACUUUAACUUGAAGGGUGAAGUUGGUAUGGCUAGUACAGUCAACGAAUCUUCAAAUCAUUUUGGACCAAACCGUUUGCCUGGAUUUGCCUACAGUGUAUGGAAUAGCGAGCAGAAAGGAUUACCUCAAAUACUUUGUGAGCCUCCGCUUGUCUGGAAUGACGUUCAACAUAACAAGUAA